AUGCAUCGUGUGGUCAUUGCUAUAUUAUUCAUCUUGCUACCUUUUACUUAUGGUGCAUAUUUACCAACACUUUUCUGGGACACCAGCAACCCAAUGUAAGUAUAUAUAAACUCGAUUCAACAUUAUACACAUCGCGAUGUCUAGAGCUGAUUAAGAAUUCAAAGGCAUCUGAUUACAUUACGUAACUCGGUUGACUACAGGACCGAAGUUUAUUGGUGUCUGAUUACAACAAUUUCUCCUCAGUCAAACGUUAGAAGAGUGCUUCCACUUUGACUCUACCAAACAGCACAGGUUUUCUUUGAGAACUCUGGUUUCGUUCUGAAGUAACACUGGAUCAAUAAGAGAUGACUCUUACCGGACGUCUAGGGAGAACAGUUUAGAACUGAUAGAGCUAUCCAAUAUAAAUUAAAGCUGGUUUAGUUUUAGUCAUGGUUAUUUUAAGAUGCUCGAUGCUCUACACCCUCUGUACAGAGGAAGCCGCACAACAUCUUUAUCAAAACUUUGUGACAUAUAAACAGAGUUAGUUACAGUUACAUGCAACAAUCCACACCCUUUGUACAAAGGAAGCCAUACAAGAUCUUUAGAAAACUUGUAAACACUUACUUACAGUUACAUACAGCAAUCUUUUGUAAGCCAAUAUUCAGGCACGAUUGACCUGGCCAUAACAGGAACACUAAAGAAAAAAAAACAAAGUGCAACUUAAAACAUCCUGUAUUUGCGUGCAAGCCUCCUAAACUAAACUAACUUUAUUUAUACUCGUGACAGCUCUAUCAGUUCCAAACUGUUUUUCCUAGAGGUCCAGUAAGGAUCAUCUCUUAUUGAUCCAGUGUUAACUACAGGAGGAAACCUAAACUAAACUAACUUUAUUUAUACUGGAUAGCUCUAGCAGUUCUAAACUGUUUUUCCUAGAGGUCCAGUAAGGAUCAUGUCUUAUUGAUCCAGUGUUAACUACAGGAGGAAACCUAAACUAAACUAACUUUAUUUAUACUGGAUAGCUCCAUCAGUUCUGAACUGUCUAAAUCUAAAGUUAAACCUUUACAUAAUUUAGACUAGAGAAGCAGUUCUGGGACGAGGUCGUACAAGUGAAGAUAUAUGAUUUUAUAACAUUUGUUUGUCCGAACGAUAUUAUCAAAAUAAGAGGCAGUGAACGAAUGAAUACAGAUGGACGUUUUCAAAAUUUGUAUGUCAAAGAGGUGCCGGCGGACAUAAAAAACUUUGAUGGCGCUUGCGAUACAAGUGGUAAGUACUGUACUAUAAAGAUUUUUUUCAAGUCGUUCAGACACAAACCACGACAGCUAAUUGUAGAAGAAUACUACCUUCACUGGAUCACCACGUUUGAGAUAUCUUUUUCAGGUAUUUCAGAGACAAAUAACAUACUAAAUCGCGUCGUGUUCUUUGUGUUACUUAGAGAACUCCACAGCCAUUUUUAUAUUGAACUGUGACAAACCAAAGGAAUUGAAAUACCAGAAUAUUCAAAUCAAUCUUAAUCAAGCCCACCCUGAUCUACCCAGGUUUGAAUAUGGCAAAGAUUACAUGUUCUUUGGUGAGUAUAAUAUCACAGUGCAUGGGUCAGCGUAUACGCGAUGACAAAGGUUAAAUAAUUCCAGCAAUAUGCAGUUGUUUCAUUAAAAUUUCACCUCAGUCACAUGUCAGAAGAACGCUUCCAGUUUGACUCUACCAAAUACAACAAGAUUCCUUUAAUAGUAAAAUUGAAUCAUUAAUCUUGGCCCUUAGCGGGCCUCUAGGAAGAACAGUUUAGAACUGAUGGAGCUAUCCACUAUAAAUAAAGUUAGUUUAGUUUAGGUUUCCUCCUGUAGUAACACUGGAUCAAUAAGAGAUGAUUCUUACUGGACCUCUAGGAAGAACAGUUUAGAACUGAUGGAGCUAUCCACUAUAAAUAAAGUUAGUUUAGUUUAGGUUUCCUCCUGUAGUAACACUGGAUCAGUAAGAGAUGAUCCUUACUGGACCUCUAGGAAGAACAGUUUAGAACUGAUAGAGCUAUCUAGCAUAAAUAAAGUUAGUUUAGUUUAGGUUUCGUCCUGUAGUAACACUGGAUCCAUAAGAGAUGACUCUUACUGGACCUCUAGGGAGAACAGUUUAGAACUGAUGGAGCUAUCCAGAAUAAAUAAAGUAAGUUUAGGUUUCCUCCUGUAGUAACACUGGAUCAAUAAGAGAUGGCCCUUACUAGAACAGUUUCGACCUGACGAAGCUAUCCAGUAUAAAUAAUAAAUCCAUAUUUUUCUCUUUCUUCAGCGACCUCAGACGGAAGAGAACAAUCUCUAACUAAUAAUACAUCGAAGAACUGUACACUGGUUUUUAGAAUUCAUUUUAGUGAGAAAGAAGUGCAAUCUCCCUCCUGCCCACUCUUUGACAGGAAAAAUGGUAAUACAAUGUGCUCGCUAAAACUUAUUCAUAGAAAAUUUAAUAAUUGCUUUGCCAGGCUUUAAUUUCUGCUAAUAAAAAAAUCCUAUUCAUUUUUAGUAUGUGAGAGCAACAAGCCACCGCAAACAGAGCAACCGACUACAGAGCAACCGCAUACAAAGCAACCGAAGCAAAACG